GGAGCAUGUUUUGCUGCGGUACGUCAGCAGGCCCCUUUCACAGCAUCCAGGAUGCCGGGGAGGGCAGUGCUGCUUGUGCUGGCCCUUGGCCUAGCUGCAACUGCACAAAAGACCAGGCUGACCCUUGACCCUCCGUGGAGCACAGUGUUUAGGGGGGAGAGCGUUACUCUGACAUGCAGCACAUCUCACCCUUCUGGACGGAGAUUCACAUGGUAUCGCAACCACAAGCCCUUCAGAUCCACAGAAAAAAACAACCUCAGAAUUAAAUACACACAGGAGGAGGAUGCAGGUAGAUACCAGUGCAAGGCUUCUGACUCCGAGCGAAGCGACCCCGUUCAGCUGACCAUUUCUGAAAAUUGGCUAAUUCUCCAGGUCCCUUACUAUGGUGUGUUCGAAGGGGACCCGCUGUGCCUGAGGUGCUACGGAUGGAAAGGAGCAAAGGUGUCUGGGAUAAGAUAUUACAGAGAUGGAGUAGAUGUUACACCAUCCCAUGUGAACUCAGAGCUGUCCAUCAAACAAGCAAGGACACGUGACAGUGGCAAAUAUCACUGCACUGGAUCAAUGAGGACUACAGUCAUGUUUACUGAAGUCAAUUCUCCUCCGGCGUCUAUUUCUGUCCAAGAGUUGUUUUCGACUCCAGUGCUGAAGGCAGCAGGCUCGGGUGACCCCAUAGAAGGAAGCCCGGUGACCCUGAGUUGUGUCAUGCAGCUCAACCCCCAGAAAUUGGACACACCGCUUCAGAGAUUCUUCUACAAAGACAGCAGGGUCUUGGGAGAACCUAGGAGCUCCCCUGACUACCACAUCCCAGUAGCAGGGCUACAAGACUCAGGAUCUUACCAUUGCGAGGUGCAGACGGUGACCGCAAGUGUUUGGAAACAGAGUCCCGAGUUAAAGAUUGCUGUUAAACGAAUCCCGGCGUCCCAAGUCUCCCUGGAGGUCCAGCCCCUCGGGGGGCAGGUGACGGAAGGGGAGUGGCUGAUGCUGAGCUGCUCUCUGUCUAUGGGCACAGGGCCAAUCACCUUCUCCUGGCACCGGGAGGGCUCCAGACAGGCUCUGAGAACAGAGACUCAGAGCUCUCAGAGGAUGGUCUAUGAGAUCCCUGCAGCCACGGAGACCGACACAGGAGAGUAUUACUGCAUGGCCUCCAAUGGCAAUGUCCCAGCAUCGAGCCAAAGGGUGAAAGUUGCUGUGAAGGUUCCAGUGUCUCCACCUCACCUGACCAUCAGUGCGGCCGGCACCUGGGCUGCCAUCGGGGACGUGGUGGUGAUCCAGUGCGAGUCGCCCCGUGGCUCACCCCCCAUCCUCUAUCGGUUUCAUCACGAGGGAGCCGCUCUGGGGAACAGGACGGUCAGUUCCCGAGGGCCGGGAUCCCUUGCUCUGAAUGUGACAUCUGAACGGGAUUCUGGGACCUACUCCUGUGAGGCUGAUAAUGGCAUGGCCAGCGGCCCCCAGCACAGCGACCCCUUCCACCUCUCCGUGCUCGUGCCUGUGUCCGGGGCCACCAUCGCCGCAGAUCGCAUGGGGCCAGAGGUCGUGGCUGGAGAAAGCCUGAAUCUCAGCUGCUUGGUGGAGUCUGGCACCGCCCCUCUCUUCAAGUGGCUCCACAACGCCCAGGAGCUGGCUGCAGCCUCGGGGCUCAACCCACCCAUGGCUGUGGGGAACACGCUGCAUUUCGGGUCUGUGCAGCUGGGCCAUGGAGGGAAUUACCAGUGCAUUGCCAGCAACCAGCUCAGCCCCCAAAGAGUCUUCCAGGCCCCCAGUGAGAUCCUGGCCAUCACUGUGAUAGAGCACACGAGCGCCCGGGUGGUUGUGCCUGUGACUGUCUCCAUCCUGUUCCUGUUCCUGAUGGGUGUCACUGCAGCUCUGUUGUUCUACUUCAAGUGCUGGAAGAAAGCAGAAGGAAUGGUUUUCGAUGCCCCGGGGAGGGCCACAUGCCUCCCAGUCCAGCACGAGCCCCCUGGCCAGAGGCUGCCUCCACCGGGGAGCUUGGGCCUCCAUGCUGAGGAGCCGUCUUACAGCAAUGUGUGUCCCCUGGAGCCGCAGAGUGAAGACGUGGAGUACACAGUUGUCAACAUCAAGAAAAGAAGUGGGGAUAAACCCAAGGGAACUCCGCCAAGGGACAAUGGCAUAGAAUGCAGCACAUGCAGGCUGGGGCCAUGGAGGCCUUGUCCCUGGCUGGUGCCCUCUGCAUUAGGACUGACAAGCCAGAGCAGAGAUGGAGGCAAAUGCUCUGGGUCUGCACAGCUGCUGCUGCCUAGUGAGGUGUAGUGAGCAGAUGAUUUGCUGAGGGGCCCGGACAGCAGCCCUGAUCUCUGUUAAUCCCUGUGAUGGGUCUCCGGUAUCCAUCCCAGGGGGUUGCCGGCUUGGGUGUUGUGACAACUGGGCUAAUCCGCCCUGCCGCCAACAAAGGUUGGAUUUGCUACAUGGUUUGUCUUUGAGAUUUUUUCAUUUGCUUAACAUGGCUUUAUGUACAGCCCUUGUCCCCGGGGACUGACCUGCGGGAAGUGCCCUCUGCCUGUCCUGCUCGCCUAGACCCCGUGCAAAGACAUGCUGAAUAGAAACUCAUCCAUGGCUUGAUCCUGGAGAGAGCAGGAUCAGAGUAACACCCAGGGAGCAAGUCUGUUAACUAGGGAACCUGCAGCUGGGAGAGAGAUUUUCCAUCCUGCCUGGCUAUAAUGCUGGAAUACAGCACUAGACCAGCGUCAGGUCUAGGUCUGGGGAAUGGCUAUAUCCACGAUCACGCAACAUGGAGCUUGACCCAGCUGGUGUCUGACCGUGGUGAUGGAGGUGAUUUGCGCAUUGGUUUUCUCCAGCACAAGGACACCAGGUGGCCAGAGAUUGCUGGAAUUUCCCAGCCUCCUCUCUCUGGAGGAAACUUGGUUCAGUUCAGCUUUACAAAGGUGUUUUCAAAACUGUUUCUUUUCUUAGAACUGGAAACACAAUAAAACACCAAAGUGCCCAGAGCAGCUGGAGAAAGCCACUGUCCCCUGUUUCAUGGAUUCCAAGGCCAGAAGGGACCAUUGUAAUCAUCAGAUCUGACCCCCCUCUGUAACGUAGGCUAGAGAACUUCCCCCA